AUGGCUAGUAAUCUUACACGUACUUUCUUAUAUAGUUCACGAGUCGUACAGACAACUUGUAUACGUACACUUGCUAGUCAACAAGGAAAAGGUCCAAUGGAUUAUGUGAAACAAGGUGUUGAUCAACUUAAUCAAGCAGCUGGAAAAGUGAAAGAAGCACUUAGUAAUGCUACAUCAACUGUUGUUGAUGCGGUUAGUGGUGAUAAUAAUGCUAAUCGAAAUAUGAAUGAUGGUAAAAAAAUUGGACAAGUUAAUACUAACACUAUGAAACAUGCAGUUAGUAAAACAACAAAUCGUUCUGUAUAUGAAACUUCAAGUAGCAGUAGUACCAACAGUACUCCAUUGAGUAGUUAUAGUGGUAGUAGUCCAGCAUCUCAAUCAUCAAACACUUAUGGAAGCAGUUCUGGCAAUAAGAGCAGUCCAGCAUCUCAACCAUCAGGCUCUUAUGGAAGCAGUGCUCCUUAUACAAGCGAUUCUCCAACUGAACCAUCAGGUGGAUAUAAUAGAAGUAGUCCAUCAGCAAGUGAUAAAAUUAAAGAUCAAGGAAGUGAUUAUAGUAAACAAGCUAAACCUAAUGUAAAUCAAACUGGCAGUAAAGGUCGUUAA